AUGGCCAUCGUCCGGGACCGGGGGGAAAGAGGAACUCAAGGCAAUAAUAAAGUAGGAGGAGGAGGAGGAGGAGCUCCGAAGGGGAAACGUGGUGAGAUAAAGAUAGGCUCCGCUCGGCUUCGGCUCCCCCACUCCCUGCUCGGUUCAUCGCUCCGCUCUCUACGUAUGCUUAGUCUGCUUAGUCUAGUAGUCCACGCAUCUAUCUAUCUGGUUGGAGUGAGUAGCUGCUGGAUAAUAUCUUGA